UAGAAUUGAGUUUGAAGAUGGUAAAAAAUUCACAACUUCAAUUUUAGAUGAUGUAAAAUUUAUGACUAUAUCCUGUAAAUUUAGAGUAACAGCACAAAGGAGAUUUCUUGAAGGAAAAUAUCCAUCAUAUCUUAUUUAUUUAAAAGAUCUUUAUGCUGUAAUACAAAGUUUUCAUCCUACUAGUAAAUCUUUAUCCAAUGAUACAGUACAAGUUUCAAAUUGGCUUGAUCAACAAAAAGCCAUGGACUCACAUUAG